AUAGGACAUGUGCAGUCAGACUGUGCGUCAUUAAAAAUUGCUGCUAGGGCUGCGUCUAGCACAUCUGCCAACACGAAGUGCUUCGUGAGUUCCCCCCAUUAUGCUUCAAGUUAAAUUGUGGCCGUUUCGGACAUCUAUCCAAAUUUUGCCCCUCUGGUGCGGCACCACCACGGCCCCGGUUGGACCGGCGGCGUCCCAGCCACCUGUAAGAUGCCUGAGGUGUAAUGGCAUUAAUCAUUAUGCAAAAGAUUGUACUGCGCCGAUGCCUGCACACUUAAGUGGUGCUGUUGGCGCCAGGACAUGCUAUAAAUGUCAAAAAGAGGGCCAUCUUGCCCGAGACUGUCCGCAGGCCGAUGUCUCGUCCGCCAAAAUCUGCUACCACUGCCGGGAAGGGGGUCAUGUUCGUACUUGCUCUUUGACACCUAACGUCAAAACUAAUCCAUGAAUUAGAUUGCCGCUUUCUGUCCAAAUAUGUCUGCCAAUGGUAUUGGG